CUUACUUUCACUUCAUGGCUGUAAAGGUUGAGUUCAAGAACCUUCCAUCGGAGCGUCCUGCUCCAGUUGAUGUACCGAUAAACCCCGUGAACAGUUACAUGACAGCACUCACAAACUAUUGUAUAGCAAGCGGAAGGAAACUUACGGUGAAGAGAACUCCGGAAGGCGAAGCGCACGUGCCGCAGUGGACAUCUAUCUGCAGCAUUGAUGGUGAGGAGUAUGGAACCGGGAGCGCAUGUACUCGAAGGUCUGCCGAUAAAGAAGCCGCUUAUCAAACUAUGAGAAUGCUAGAAGAUAAAGGCGUUCCGCUCCCUUCGACGAGAAAUUACUAUCCGAUCUUCAUGGAUUACAUUCGGGAGAAAAACCUGGCAGGUCGAAUCAUGUUUGAACCUUUUUGGCGUGGUCCUGCACAUAAACCCACCUGGAGAUGUAUCGUUUCGUUGGAUGGUGUUGAAAUCGCAGGAGGAUCAGGUCCAACGAAGAAGGCAGCAAUGGAGGAUGCCUCAAUCAAUGCAGCCUCCUUCUGGCCAUAGCUACACGAGUCUUUCCCCUAAUUUCUUCUAGGGCUAUCGUAGAUUAUACGUAUGCAUUUUCAGGCACUAAACAAGCUGUAUUUGUCGAGAUAUUUGAAUGAAAUGAAAAACAUAAUCGUGCC